UGUUUGACGCGGUGACAUUCGUAAUAUUGUUGUUUACCAUACAUAUUUCUUUUGAUAAAUAAUUAUGGUGUGUCUAACCCUGGUGAAUGUGCCUUGAAGGAGAUGAAUACUUAGCAGGUUUACUGCCAAAGCUUCCCAAGAAAUGGGGUAUUGGGGAAUCAGGCAUGUUCAAGCAUUUUUUUUAUUCACUUCUUUUGUGUUGGCCUUCGCGAUGAGAAUAAACAUGAGUAUGGCUAUAGUUGCAAUGACGGCUGAGAGGACAUUUGCUUGGAGCAUGCAAACUCAAAGCGUGAUACUUUCAUCUUUCCUGUGGGGAUACGUUGUGCUCCAAAUCCCUAGCGGUCUGAUGACCGCCAAAUAUGGAGGGAAAAUUCUCUUGAUAAUGUGCAAUUCUGUCAAUGCUAUAGUGUCGCUCUUAAUACCUUAUAUAUCAUACAAGACAGGUUGGAAAGGACUUUGCUUUUGUCGCGUCUUGCAAGGUCUUUCUCAAGGCAGUAUAUAUCCAGCAUCUCAUUAUCUUGUUACUAAAUGGAUCCCCAUUGAGGAAAAGGGGCGAUGCGUAUCCAUUAUUUAUGGAGGGGCCUUCCUUGGGAUGGGCUUGCAGCUAUUGGUUUCUGGUUUUAUAAUUCAUAUAUGGGAAUGGCCAGCAAUCUUCUAUUCCAAUGGUAUAUUGGGCAUUAUUUGGUGUCUUUCUUAUAUGUAUUUUGGAUCUGAUAGUCCACAGAAGUCCAAAAUGAUUAGUCCGGAAGAGAGGCUGUUAAUACAAACUUCAUUGGGACUAGUCGGUCCACAAAAGGUUUUGAAAACCCCGUGGAAGGCGAUAUUCACUAGUGUGCCAUUUUAUGCCCUACUCUUGACGCACUGUUUCCAUAACUGGGGCUUUUGGACACUAGUAACAGAACUACCUUCGUAUAUGGGCCAAGCACUCAAUGUUCAUAUAAAAAAGAAUGGUGUGGUAUCAUCUAUCCCCUACUUUACAACAUACGCUUUAAGCUUUGUAUUUGGCUUUGCGACGGAUUAUGCUCUUAAAAACAAGUUGUGUAGCACCGGGACUUGCAGAAAAGUGUGCAAUUCUAUUGGUGAGUUAGGCCCAGCCAUAAUGCUAAUAGCUCUUUGUCAAGUACCAAAAGGUCAGGUGACUGCGUGCAUAGUUCUGCUUGUGCUCGUGGUCGGACUCAAUGCGGGAUAUAUGACGGGAUUUAAUAUUACGCACAUCGAUAUGGCUCCGAACUUUGCGGGCCCUCUCAUGGGGAUGACCGGCUGCAUCGCCAACUUUGUGGGAAUCAUGGCGCUCCUAGUAGCCGGAGCUAUAAUCGAGGAUGAGAAAGAUCCUGAGCAGUGGCGCAUAGUAUUUUACCUGUCUUCAGCUAUAUACAUUGCCGCGAGUUUGGUGUUCAUCUUCUUUGCUAGCAACGAAAAGCAGGCCUGGAACGAUCCGCCUCAAGAAGGUUCAGGAAAAUGAUUAUAGGUUGUAUGUUAGUAAUUACCUUGGUAAGUGUUAUUUCACAAGAGUUGAGUGAAACAAAAUAGUGGGCCGAUAGCCUCGUCAUAUUCAUUAUAACAAGCUAGGGGUCAUGUUAGACGACAGACUAUGGAUCUGCAAUCGCAGGGAAAGCAAGUUAUCGUUGCGAUACCAUCGCGUCUCGUCCAUCUUAGUUGUUCAAGUGUCCACCGGCGCUCGUCUAUAAGAAAUUGUUCGCUUAAAUCUGCGGAAAAAAUAUUAUAAUUAUGUAUUGUUUUUGUAAGUAUCAAGGCAAUAAACGUUUUGUAUCACAGAUUC